CGAAAGUGACAGCAACAGCUAAAAUGUUGACCGGAACCAAUGACGUUAGGUCUAGUCCGGUGUCGACGAAGCAGUCUGUAGGGGCGUCAGAGCGUGCCACUUGGCCACGCUAUUUCGUCAAGCACAUGUGCUGCGUCCGGGAGCGUGUCGUUAGAGAAUUCGGGCACAUCAAGUGGAUGAACGCCCCGCCUCGGCCGGACGAGCCAUACGUGCCCACCGAGAUAGAGCACAUUGCUAACGUCGUUACGCAUUUGCUAGCGGUGGUGCCGAGCUACAAAGGGAUGUGGCAUCUACUUAACGAAUCGGAGUCCCGUGGACAACAAAUCUGCGCCAUCCUCUAUGGUUCCGCUCUUAUAGCGCUAUUUCUUGUGUCGACGAUCUUCCAUUCGAUAUUUUUCUGCGGAAAAUUACAAGAUUUGAAGCGCUCAUUACAUCGGCUGGACCGCUCGACGAUCUACUUCUUCAUUGCAUCGUCGUAUACACCGUGGCUUAUGCUCAAAGACUUCCACACUCUAUGGGAUCGUAGCCAGAUUUUUCUGAUCUGGAUUUCCUGUUUCGCUGGAAUUUUGUAUCAACGACGAUACCACGAAAAGUACAAGACAUUUAGCGUCAUCAUGUACUGUUCCAUCGCUAUAUUUCCAAUAGCGACCGUCCUCAAUAUGCGUCCACUUACAGGCAUUGGCGAAUUGGCGCUCGGUGGUUUCUUCUACCUCGUGGGCGUAAUAUUUUUCAAGCUCGAUGGCCGUAUUCCGUUGGCUCACGCCAUUUGGCACAUUUGCGUCGACCUAGCAGCUCUCAUACAUUUCAAUGCGAUUGCCACGCAUCUGUAUCAGCAACAACUACAACAACAACAGCAGCAGCAACAACAACAACAACUCGCAGCUCCAGUGGAACCAGCUGUCGAAGGCACCGCCGCACUCGUGUCUGUGGAACCACCUCAGGUCACCGCAAGUUGAAAGCUUGUUAUUGUCGUUGAAAGAGGGAAAACAGGAAAAAUUAUAGAAAAUAUAUAGAUCACGAUAUGAACCACUGCGAGGUGCGUAACAAACUGGCGCUAGCUAGAAAUGUUAGAUGAAAGGACACUAAGUUCAUUGGGAUGCCGCCAUGAUUGUUUAGUGGCGUAUUCGCCUGCUAAUCUUAGCAACACGUUGUGGUGUGGGUUCAAAUCCGGUCGUAGACGCACUUCGUCUCGUGCUAGAAGCCACCCGAUGGAAUACCUAACGACUCGAAACGUAGGGGCUGCUUCGUGCCCGAUCUUGAUACGGCCGAUACCUUAAAAUCGUGACACCUAAAAGAAAGAGGGCGUUCCCAAGUAGUGUGCCAUAAGCGCACGUUCUUAUCGAUGCAAUAAGGAGAAAUUUCGAAGGCAGCGACGAAUUUCAGCAGACGAAGAUUGUUCCUAGUGAAAACCAAAGUGAAUGGUACUGGUUGGCAGAUAGGGUUCUUCCUUUUCUUCAUUGCUUUUAAUCUAGAAAAGUAUCAACGUCUUUGCAAAGUCCCGGGACCGUGCAGCCAUUUUUUUUUAAAUUCUACUCAAAAUGAUACGCACAUUCGUUAUUGUUUCUCAGCGUAGAGCUAUUUCGGAUGUAAUCGGAUGACAUUCCCUUGCUAAAAGAAUGGGGUCUUCAUAUUAUGUGGUCAAUCAGCACAAUAUUAUAUGGGUCAACCGAAAUCAUGUAAUUUAUGUACAGAUUCCUGAGUAUAGCUCGAUGCUGGUAUCUUUUUCUGAUGCCACGAUUUUACCAAGUCAGUCAGGCUCUUGGAUAAUACAGUUAAAUCCUUCUAUCAUGCACAGGCAUCCGUGAGCAAUUAACGCUCGUUAUUGCAAAUCUCUUAGAAAUACGCGGACCUAAAACGGGAUAUAAAAACAUCCCCAUCCAAUGACCCAAAAAAAGCAACAUAGUUAAGAUUUAUCGUUAUAAAACAAACCAACUAAAUACUGCGUAAACCUUAUCCCCUGCCGGAGUGCGGAAAAGGAGCCUGGGUCUAGAUUGCUGCGAUUCUACUCAUAUCGGCAUUGAUUCAUCACCGCAAGAUGAAUAACCCAGAAUUUCGUUUUCCAGCACUAGUUAAUGGAGGUCAAGUGACGCCUACCUCAGCCUCCUCGGAGUGAUACCACCGAGUGCUUGACUUGGCUUGUAAAAUAUGUACAAAAUGUAUUUACUUAUUCCGUAGCAUUGUAUGCAAAGGCAGUAACAAUUAGGUUGGCAUUUGACAUCAAUACCCGAGGCGUCAGGUGUUUGAGUCAUAGAAAAUAAAAGAGAAAAAUAGAAAUAAUAGAGAAAAGAAAAUAAAAAAAAAAAUUAUUGCCUCUUGACCCGCAUGCGGUUAGUGGAAAUAUGUUGGGUACUUUAUGAUUAUAUAUUUAUAGGUAGCCAAUAAAAGUGCGGUCGAAAAAUGUAGGCAGUUCGUGUGGCUAUUCUUUGCCCUAGCGACUGCGUAUACAUUCUAUCCUAUUUAUGCUGACGGCUUUUACCGCGAUCAUGCGAAAAACGAUUUCCGUAAGGACAGACAGGCAUCUGUCGUCGUCGUCGUUGUCGUCGUCGUCGUCGUCGUCGUCGUCGUCGUCGUCGUCGUCGUCGUCGUCGUCGUCGUUUGCUAUGUACUUCACCGCUCCCAAUAAGAAAAGAUAUUCAUCUUGAGCUCUCCGUCUUGAUGAGGCAGUAAGCUGUGCGAAGUUAUAUAUUAAAAAAAUACACAUGGACAUCGCUUACCCUUUUGAACCUGGAGUACACACCGUUACUCACCGUUAUCCGAUUUCCUCUUGGCAAAGUACGAGGUUUCUGAAGGGUUUCUACGAGGUUCUGCAUUUCUUCUUCUUACAGAAGAAGAAAUGCAGAAAAACACAAGAAUUGGCACACACACAUAACGCAUUGCUGAAUUUUUGACGAUGCCUCCUCGGCCUCCGAAGCAUUCCGCCUGUGUGAUAUGUACAAGCGUAUGUUACGACAGUUAUUACACACUAAACCAGCGAACGGAUUGAGUAUUUAUUAUAAAAAGAAAAACCAUAAUAUUAUAAAUUAGGGCUGUGGGUAAAUAUUGUAAAGCACCGAGAAUUGACGAUGUAGAGAAUUUUAAUCGCGUUGCUGGACAACAAGCGCAAAUGUGUUCCUAGCUUUCGGGCUAUUCUUCUGCAAUGCCAAAAGACAAAAACAGUUAAACUAAGAUGAUUUUCCAUCAAUAGAUUUGUUAUUACUUGGCAAUAUGUGUCUGUUAGCUUAAAAGCAAUACAUUCUUUUUAAGCUUUUAUUUCAAGUUAUUCAGUUUAUUAGAUAAAUAGACUGCUAAUUCGAGUGCUCACCAUAAUUUAUAUAUAUAUAUAUAUAUAUAUUAAAUUUAGUAAUAAUUAUUAAAAAACAGUAAUUACUAUAAUGGAAAACGUAACUUUUUCAAAUUAUUCAAAGAUUGUCAUAAUAGCUCUAUGGAAAUUAAACUUACAAAUAUUCGCAUCACAUUUUAAUAACAUAUUACUAAUCAAUUUACGUUUUUCUAUUAUAGUAUCACAUAGAUAAUAACAAUACUUAGGGAAAUAUAUAAUUAAUUGACAUCAUAUUCGGUUUGUUUAGUGAGAGUGAUUAAAAGAAUUAACAAGUUCAGCUAUGUUCCAAACCGUCUUCCCUCUGUUCUGAUUUUAUAACAGGCCAAGAGUCCUACUGUUAUUUACAACGACACAGCAUAAUAAACAAUACAUAGUUCAUUAGACAUUCUUCCUUAUGUAUAUAUCCGUACGGAAAAUACAUGUUACGUAACGUAAGGGCGUCGGUUGUCGCAUGAAGUUCCAUCAACACAACUGUGGUCAAUGUAAUGUCAAGUUAUUGAUAGAAGUAGUAGUUACGAUACCGUACCGUACAUAGCUCGUCGUCUUUUAAAGUAUGCACAAUAAAUAGAAAUUCAUAAUUAUGAUAAUUGCAAUGACGAUUAGAAUGAAGCUAUUAAAGAUCCACUUCUGCCUAUCUCCAAGUGUGCUUUAUAAAUACAGUAGAGAGCACGGAAGAAGAUAAACUAUGAGCGAAAACUGCAAGAACGGAUGCAACAACAGUAGUAAUAACUGACGGAAAUUCGUGUUAGAAAUAGUUUUAAGAAAAAAUAAAAAAAAACACAAAGGUUUCCGUGCCGGAGUUGAAGGAGGCCUCGCAUCAAUGGUUUAAUAACGUCGUAGAAAAACAUAAGCUCAAUGCCCGGACAACAAAUACUACCAUCUGAGCUUUUUGUAAUAGAAAAAUACCUAUAAAAUGUUUCAUAUAUUGACGCCAGGUUCAACGUCUACUAUAUCAGCGUAAGAGAGUUACUCGAACUCAUUAACAGUCAGUCGUCUGAUCUGGCCAAUUUGCGCUUCAGACAGUUAAUAACCCCUCUGCCAGUACCAUGGCUGCCCCCUUUUUGACCUACUCGUCAACAAUUGAAUUUUUUUCUCUAGAUUCAUUGGAUUGGCCGCCGCCGCCGCCGCCGCCGCCGCCACCACUACGAAUACAGCCUUUAUUUUUAGGGCUGAGUGUUUAAAAAGAUUGACUCAUAUCUCCACACACAUCAACGCAAAUAGUUGCUACGCGACUAUUGUUUGCUCCCUCUAUGAAAUGUGCAGAACUUCAGGAGAUUAGUAAUUUAUAAUCUAUAUAGAAUACUUAAAUUAUAAUAAAUCAUGAAAUGGGAUUAUUACAUAUCGGGAUAGCCUUUUAGUAUAUGUAGAAAUGAAUUAAUUAAUUAAUUAAUCCUCCAGGCCCAACGAGCAUUUUUCGUAGUAUAUGCUUGUAGUAGUAUAUAUUUUACUUUAAUGUAAAACGUGAAUAUCAAAGACGACGUGGUCAAAGAAGAUAUUUGGGAAAAUCAAAAGGACGAUUAGAUAGUCCAUGAUACGAUUCUGUUCAGAUGACCCUGAACCUCUGAACAUUUGACCCUCUUUACCAUGCGCCUAUACAGUGAAGUUCAGACAAGGACGGACUGGUUGUUUGUCAACGAAUGCAUAACAAUACGUAAAGCUCUCUAAAGGGAAACCUCAUUUGCCUCAAAGAAAAUGAAACAUAUCGAUUGUUCGAUCAUUUGUAUAACAGCAACUCCUGUACUCCUUAGACUGCUGCCGCCACCUCCAGCUUGGUUUACUUCUUCGGCUGUUUUGACAUUAACGAACAUCAACUAUAUCGGAUCUAACAUAAUUUUAAAUAAAAUAUAAGGAACAUCAUAUAUAUAUAUAUAUAUAUAUAUAUAUAUAUAUAUA